UCUCCAGAGAACAACGGGCUCAUUCAGCGGUGGGGAGCUGCUUGCGAAGGGGAGCGGCGAGGCUGAGUACUCGACUUGUCCUCAUCCCGGGGGUGGGGCCGGACGCAGUGUCGAGAGGAGACGAAGGCAGCCGCAGUAGCUGCAGCCUCGAACCCAGCCCUGAGCGCAAGCCGGCCGCCGCACCUCGCAGCUCCCUGCUCCCUUCCCGGUGCACCGGCCCUCCCAUGGCGGCCGCGGGGCAGCUGUGGCUGCUCUACCUGUCCCCGUGGUUCCUAGCCCAGCUCGGCGCCGCCUUCAACUUGGACACACGCGAGAACAAUGUGAUCCGGAAAACUGGGGACCCCGGGAGCCUCUUCGGCUUCUCGCUGGCCAUGCACUGGCAGCUGCAGCCCGAGGAGAAGCGGCUGCUGCUCGUGGGCGCCCCUCGGGCGGUGGCCCUCCCUCUGCAGAGGGCCAACAGAACUGGAGGCCUGUACAGCUGCGACAUCACCUCUCCCGGCCCCUGCACACGGAUUGAGUUCGAUAACAACGCCGACCCUUCGUCGGAAAGCAAGGAAGAUCAGUGGAUGGGGGUCACCGUCCAGAGCCAGGGUCCAGGGGGCAAAGUCGUGACAUGUGCUCAUCGAUAUGAAAAAAGACAGCACGUGAACACAAAGCAGGAAUCCCGGGACAUCUUUGGAAGGUGUUACGUCCUGAGUCAGAACCUCAGGAUUGAGGACGAGAUGGAUGGCGGAGACUGGAGUUUCUGCGAUGGCCGCCUGAGGGGCCACGAAAAGUUUGGCUCUUGCCAGCAAGGGGUGGCAGCUACUUUCACUAAAGACUUUCAUUACAUUGUUUUUGGAGCCCCGGGCACUUACAACUGGAAAGGGAUCGUUCGUGUAGAGCAAAAGAAUAACACUUUUUUUGACAUGAACAUCUUUGAAGAUGGGCCUUACGAAGUUGGUGGAGAGACUGACCACGAUGAGAGUCUGGUUCCUGUUCCUGCUAACAGUUACUUAGGCUUUUCUUUGGACUCGGGGAAAGGGAUUAUUUCUAAAGAUGACAUCACUUUUGUAUCUGGUGCUCCAAGAGCCAAUCACAGUGGAGCUGUGGUUUUGCUAAGAAGAGAAAUGAAGUCUGCACAUCUUUACCCCGAGCACAUAUUUGAGGGGGAAGGUCUGGCUUCUUCGUUUGGCUACGAUGUGGCAGUGGUGGACCUGAACAAAGAUGGGUGGCAAGACAUAGUUAUUGGAGCCCCACAGUAUUUUGAUAGAGACGGAGAAGUCGGAGGCGCGGUGUAUGUCUACAUCAACCAGCAGGGCAGAUGGAAGAACGUCAGGCCAGUUCGUCUUAAUGGAACCAAAGAUUCUAUGUUCGGCAUUGCCGUCAAAAAUAUUGGCGAUGUUAAUCAAGACGGCUACCCAGAUAUUGCAGUUGGAGCUCCCUAUGAUGGUAACGGAAAAGUUUUUAUCUAUCAUGGAUCUGCGAAUGGAAUAAACACCAAACCCACACAGGUUCUCGAGGGUAACUCACGUUUCUUUGGAUAUUCCAUCGCUGGAAAUAUGGACCUUGAUAGAAAUUCCUACCCUGAUGUUGCUGUUGGCUCCCUCUCCGAUUCAGUAGCGAUUUUCAGGUCCCGGCCUGUGAUUAACAUCCAGAAAACCGUCACAGUAACACCCAGCAGGAUUGAUCUCCGCCAGAAAACUGUCUGUGGGGCGCCCAGCGGGAUCUGCCUCAAGGUUAAGGCCUGCUUUGAGUACACUGCCAAACCCACUGGUUACAAUCCUUCGAUAUCCAUUGUGGGCACACUUGAGGCCGAAAAGGAAAGAAGAAAAUCUGGGCUGUCAUCAAGAGUUCAGUUUCGAAACCAAGGUGCUGAGCCCAAGUAUACUAAGGUGAUAACCCUGAACAGGCAGAAGCAGAAGUCGUGCAUGGAGGAAACCCUCUGGCUGCAGGAAAAUAUAAGAGAUAAACUGCGUCCCAUCCCCAUAACUGCCUCAGUAGAGAUCCAAGAGCCAAGCACUCGGAGGCGAGUGAAUUCACUUCCAGAGGUUCUUCCCAUUCUUAACUCAAAUGAACCCAAGACUGUUCAAACAGAUGUGCACUUCCUGAAGGAGGGGUGUGGACACGACAACGUGUGUAACAGCAACCUGAAGCUGGAGUAUAAGUUUUGUACCCGAGAAGGAAGCCAAGACAAGUUUUCCUACUUACCAAUCCAAAAAGGUAUUCCAGAACUAGUUCUAAAAGAUCAGAAGGACAUUGCUUUAGAGAUAACAGUGACAAACAGCCCUUCCGACCCAAGGAAUCCCACAAAAGACGGUGACGACGCUCACGAAGCGAAACUCAUCGCAACUUUCCCGGACACUCUGACUUACUCUGCGUACAGGGAGCUGAAGGCUUUCCCCGAGAAGCAGCUGAGUUGUGUUGCCAACCAGAAUGGCUCACAAGCAGACUGUGAGCUCGGAAAUCCUUUCAAAAGAAAUUCCAGUGUUACUUUUUAUUUGAUUUUGAGUACAACUGAGCUCACCUUUGACACCACAGAUCUGGAUAUUAAUCUGAAGUUGGAAACAACAAGCAAUCAAGAUAAUUUGGCUUCAAUUACAGCUUCGGCAAAAGUGGUUAUUGAACUGCUUUUAUCGGUCUCGGGAGUUGCCAAACCUUCCCAGGUGUACUUUGGAGGCACAGUUCUUGGUGAGCAAGCUAUGAAAUCUGAGGAUGAAGUGGGAAGUUUAAUAGAGUAUGAGUUCAGGGUUAUUAACCUGGGCAAGCCUCUUAAAAACCUCGGCACAGCGACCUUGAAUAUCCAGUGGCCAAAAGAAAUUAACAACGGCAAAUGGUUGCUUUAUUUGGUGAAAGUAGAAUCCAAAGGAUUGGAAAAGAUAGCGUGUGAGCCACAAAGUGAAAUAAACUUUCUGAAACUAAAGGAGUCGCAUACCUUGAGAAAGAAACGGGAAAUUGCUGAAAAACAGAUUGACGAAGGCAGAAAAUUGCUUUUAUUUGGUGAAAGAAAAUACCAGACCCUUAACUGCAGCGUCAACGUGAAGUGCGUGAACAUCCGGUGCCCGCUGCGAGGCCUGGACAGCAAGGCCUCCGUGGUUCUGCGCUCGAGGUUAUGGAAUGGCACGUUUCUAGAGGAGUACUCUAAAAUGAACUACUUGGACAUUCUCGUGCGGGCCUCCAUUGACGUGACUGCUGCCACCGAGAACAUCAAGCUGCCCAAUGCUGGCACUCAGGUCCGUGUGACCGUGUUUCCCUCGAAGACUAUAGCUCAGCACUCAGGAGUGCCCUGGUGGGUCAUUCUAGUGGCCAUUCUCGCUGGAAUUUUGAUGCUUGCUCUGUUAGUUCUUUUAUUAUGGAAGUGUGGUUUCUUCAAGAGAAAUAAGAAAGAUCAUUAUGAUGCUACAUAUCACAAGGCUGAGAUCCAUGCUCAGCCGUCUGAUAAAGAGAGGCUUACUUCUGAUGCGUAGUAUUGAUCUACUUCUGUAAUUGUGUGGAUUCUUCAAACGCUCUAGGUACGACGACAGUAUUCCCCGUUACCAAGCUGUAAAGAUCCCGAAAGAAGAGCGAGAGAUCAAAGAUGAAAAAUAUAAUGAUAACCUGGAGAAAAAACAGUGGAUCACAAGAUGGAGUGACAAUGAAAGCUACUCUUAGGGGGCCCAAAGGAGCCUUCGCCCAAACUGCUUCUUUUUUUGCCCAGCUCAGAAAUUCAAAUGGUUUAAAAGCCUGAUACCCGAAUAUUGAUUUCAGACAGGCUACACAUAGUACGAACCUACAGUUUUAACUGCUGUGGACAUUAUUAUGUAGCCUAAGGCUUCUCUUUUGCACAGCCAAAUGUAAGACUGUUGGAACGGAUUUUUCUUUAACUGCCUUAAUUUAACUUUCUGGAUUGCCUUUGUUUUUGGUGUGGCUGACUCAGCGUGUGCCAGGGAAGGGCCUGCCCAGUCACGCUCGUCUGACGUCCUCCUGAUAGUGUAGCUGGAAGACGCCACCCCAGUCACCAUGCCAAUGGAGUGACUGUCGACACUGCCUCCACAAGCAUCUCCCCACAGGGUUUGGAGAACCUUCCAGUUAACUGUGCGCCCCAUUGCAAGACAGUGCCGUGAGGGUACUGUGUUUCAAUUCAAAGUACGAUCUUAAAUGUGCAAUAGGAGGUGAUGUUGCCAUCCUGCCAUCUUUUCCCAUUUCCUAGGAGUGUGGAUCCUUGUCCACACCGAAUGCGCCCGGGCUCCAUUCUCCCUUGUCACUAAAACACACAGGUGCAACAGACUUGAAUGCUAGUUAUACUUGUUUGUAUAUGGUAUUUAUUUUUUAUUUUUUACAAACCAUUUCGUUAUUGACUAACAGGCCAAAGAUUCUCCAGUUAUCAUUCAGGUUGGAUUAAGCAAUCAGAAUUAGAACAUGGGAGGUCAGUGAUUUGACCUAAAGUAUUUACUGCAAAAAGAAAGUAAAUCUUUAUAAAUGUACCAGAGAGUUGUUAUAAUUUACAGAUAAGUUUAAGUUAUUAAAACAUCUUCUCUUCAUGACAACGCUUACCCUUACCCUGUCCCUCCAAACCCAAAAGGUUUGUUUAAGAAAUAGGCUUAACUGUUAGAUGUUUAAUUCUUAACAGACAUUGGAUGCUUUUGAGUUUAGAGCCCUGUGUGAUCUUUCUGAAUUUUAUAGUAUAACUUUCAGGAACUCUUGGAAAUAAUGGGUUUGUUUUUUUGACCUUCUGUCACUGCUGUAUAUACAGGACUUGAAAGAAAUGGUGAGUGCCUAUGGUGGAUCCAAACUGAUCCAGUGGAAGACUACUGAAUACCUGAUACUGAAAGUCAGAUUAGAACAUUGUGGAUUUUAAGUUUUAAAUAUUAUUGGAAUUGCUUAAUGUGGGUCAGUGUUCUUUUUUUCCCCCCUGUGUUUCCUCCCUAUCUACAUUCCCAAAAUUACUUCAGGACUACUCUAAUAAGAACUUUCAAUUGUUCAUAUGUAAAAGUGGAGGAGCGUAGGAAGACAUGAUUCUGUAUAUUCAAUAGAAACUGAAUAGCUGCGAAAGCCGAAUUUUGAAGAAAAUCACUAUGUUUCGAAGUGUUCAGUUACAUGGGGAGCGGCAGCAAACAGGUGCUAAUGUGCUCGGAUGUAGUGAAGCAGUGUCUCCUUCUUUUAAAGGAACAAAAUACAGCUGUGUACCAUUGUUGCUUUGGAGUUUUUUUUUCUUUUUGGAAAUCUUACACCCUUAAGAUACUAAGAACAUUAUUCUAGUAGUACUUUGGACUUUUCAUUCACAGACAUUGUUUUAUAAAUGAUAUUUUGUUUACAAAAAUCUCUCGAAUAGGUCAUAACAGUAUCUAAAAUCUCAGUUUCUUGCUUAGGUAGGUAACUUGGAACCUCAUGCACUGGCUUUGUAGGUUGCUAAGAAGCUGAUAUUUUGGAUGUGUUUAUAGACCUUUGUUAUAAAAACGAAUGUCUUUGAAAAGUGGGGGGGGGUGAAAGGGUAGUUCAACGACAAAGAAAUGGGAAUGUAGUGAUGUUUAAAAAUGUCAUCUCAAGUCAAGUCACUGGUCUGUUUGCAUUUGAUACAUUUUUAUACUAACUAGCAUUGUAAAAUUAUUUCAUGAUUAGAAAAUACCUGUGGAUAUUUGUAUAAAAGUGUGAAAUAAAUUUUUUAUGAAAAUGUUCA